GGAAAAGACGUCACGGCGGCUCAAAGUUGAAAGGUUGGCGUCUCGUUAAGCUAGCAGGUAGACAAGCUAACCCCAAACAACAUCAAGAUGUCAACUACCGACGAAAACACAGAGAUGACAAUUCCGUGUGUGCUCAUCACUAGCUGUGACAGUGGUUUUAAAGAAGAAGAGCUGAUAAAACGUGAGUUUUUGCCGGACUUUAGUGCAUGAAUUAGCUAAAGGCUAAGUAGAGCAAGAUGCAUACAGUUUAAUGUGUAUACGCACCGUCGUGUGAUAUUCCUAAAGAGUGCUUUUUUUCUCAGAGAUCCUCAGUACGACGAAUUUACCGGAGCCGAUCAAGAAAGAGGAAUUGGUGGUGUGGUAUCCAUGGACCAUCAACAAUAAAUAUUACACAGCAGACGUCAGGUUAUGUAUUGUACCAAGCACUUUUCAGAUGUCUUCAGAGAUCGCUCAGUCCAUGCAGGCUUUCAUCGCAUAUUUCGACAGCACAGCGGUGAGUGACUGGAUAUCUGAAAGGAUCCAAAGUUUACACUGUAUCAAAACUUUCGUUUUAAUCAUUGUCCUGUAUAUGCUUCCUGUUUGCAGAAAGAUGGUCUGGAAAAGCUUCAUCCUUGGAUAUCAGUGGUGGAAGAUCUCGCCCCAGAGGUUCUGAUCCUGGUGUGUGACAGAGUCAGUGAAAAUGGUUAGUUCUGCAGCCCUGCAUGAAAGGAAGAAGAGCAUUAGCAGUCUACAUUUAUGCAGGUCACCAAAUAGCACCUGAAGUAUAUACAGUAUAUUCAGUUGAUACCUUGCACUUUACUACCUUGCACUUCUGGUUAGAUGCUAAACUGCAUUUCGUUGUUCCUGUACUUGUACUGUGUCCAAUGACGAUAAAGUUGAAUCUAAUCUAAAGUGUAUUUUGUUCUAUUCUAGGGGUCACCAGACAUGAAGCACAACAGUGGUGUUUGUCUCAUGCUUUUGAGCUGGUGGAGCUCAACCCACAGGAACUGCCAGAUGAAGAUGGUAAGUUUGUAGAGAGCAAAUACUAUGUAAAAUGAUAAUACACAAGUUUAUCAUCAAAAAUAAUUAUAGUAAUAACUUUAGUUCAUAGCACUUUUAAAAUCAGAAGUUAACAAAGUGCUUUGACAAACAGUUGUAAAGCACAGAACAUCAGCACAUGGAAAUAAAAACAAAUAAAAACAAAAGAUCAGUUAAAAACAAGGCCUCCAAAGUGAAGGCCAAUUUCAUUUGUCAUAAGGAACCCAGACAAUACAAGAACCCUACAACAUGAAAUGAAACCAUGAGGACCAAAAUAAAAAGAUAAAAUAGGUAAGAGAAAGAAAUGUAAUAAAAAAGGGGAGUAGAAAGCAGGAAACAGGAUAUUAAAUAUGAAAAGAUGAUAUUAAUAAUGAUAAUGAAAACAUAAAGUAAUAAUAGUUAUAGUAACGAUGAAACAGAAUAACAAAAAUGAGCAGGAAAAAACAAUAACAUCAAUAAAAGGCCUAAAGAUUAUCAGUAAACAAAGUUUAAAAAGACAGGAAGUCGAAAGAAGAGAGGUAAAAUAGAUUAAAGAGAAAAGACGGCAUUACAUAAAAGCAAGUCUGUAAAAGUAUGUUUUUAAAUUUGACUUUUGUAAUUAUUGUAAUUGUUCAUGUUAUAAUUUUUGCUUUCCUGCACAUUGUCAUGUUGCUUUUUUCAGAUGACUUUCCAGAAUCCACUGGAGUUAAAAGAAUCGUGCAGGCUCUCAAUGCCAAUGUGUGGUCAAGUGUGGAGAUGAAGGAUGGUGAGAUGACAUCACCAAUACAUUUUGGCCAUUCCCUGUUCUUAUUACCUGUAUCUUUGACUAUUUGGUAGAGUGUGACACUUCAUAUCUCUGUCUGAUAGGACACAACCAGGGCUUUGGUCUAAUGAGUAGUCUGGUGGCCUCAAGACACAACAACCCAAGAAGCUGUCAAGAUCCACCAGUCAGUGGCAUUUUUACGAUAAUUUUCAUAAAUGUUUUUGAAGGAGAAUUUUAUCCUAAGGGCAUUUUUAACAUGUCGGCUUUCAUGCUAACCUUGGCUCCUUUUUCAACAACAGUCUUCCAGCCUACCUGUAGAGGGCUCACGUGUUACUGAGGAGACGAACCAUACAGAAAGUUGUACAAAUACAGUUCCACAGGAAGACACUGUGGUUGGUAAGUGGACAGCUUCAGAUGCAAUUUAUUCUUGUUUAUGUUAGAUGUUAUUUUUUUCUCAAAACGUGUACUUUUUCUGAACAUAUUUCCUCAGCGUCUUCUUGAUGAUAUGAGGAGCUGUUGCAUUGUAUCUUGCAUCAUCAAUAUUCUUUUGCUCUGAUUUUAUAGAUGCUAUGACUGAUUUAGACAUUCAGGAACUUGCUAAUCUCACAGCUGGUGAUGCAGAUGUGGAUAACUUUGAACGCCUCUUUACAAAAUUAAAAGAAAUGAAAGGUAAGCAUAGGAACGACAAACAAAUGCAAACUUAGAGGACCAAAGCUACGCUAUAUUCAUGGUUGUACCUUGUUCAUUAAUUGCUUGUUAAACUUCUUUUUUUUUUACUUUACUGCAGACAAAGCUUCCUCAUUACCUCAUGAGCAGAGAAAAGUUCAUGCAGAGAAGGUAAGCAGCUGUUUUCCACCAGUUACAGGAUUCACCUGAAAAUGCUUUGCAAGCUAAAUAUUGUGACAACAUUACUCCAGAAAUGCCCAAAUCUAAACUCUGGUACUGAGUACUUACAUGACACUCGCUUUCCAGGUUGCAAAAGCGUUUUGGAUGGCCAUUGGUGGUGAUGACGAUGAGAUAGACGGGUUAUCAUCAGGAGAAGAAAGCUGAAAGUAGCUCCCUGUGACUUGGUCUCUUUCCUCCUGAUCUUCCUCCUUUCCUGGGGCUCCCACAAGAACCAAUCCCUUUUGACUUGCUUCUAACACUUGGAAAGUGGAAAUGCUUACAGUUAGCACUGUAGGCAUAGUCAUGCUUAGAAACUUAUGAUUCUUUGAAUGAAGUGAUUGCAAUAUUGGUGUAUAAUGAGAAGCAGUUGAAUAUGUUGAUGUGGGGAGAAGAGAGCCAGAGGGUGGCCCUGACCCUCAGCCUUCUCCCAUGGGUCCCUGUAAAACUCUAAGUAAACCUCAACACUUGAAAGUGCAGCAUGAGGUUCAACAAAAUCAAAUCAUAUGGACUUAAAAUUAUGUGUAUGUCCUUUAGGUACAGUUGUCACAUAUAUUUACAAGUGACAUAAUGUGCCUUAUCCCCAGAAGAGUUGUAACAUGUUUAAUGAUCAUUCUAUUGAAAUAAAUAUAAGAAGUUGUGAUUUACAUUUUCUAUUCUGUAUUGUUUAAAACAAAACAGCUGUGCUGCACACACAAAGUUCAAAUCUGUCUGAAAAACUGCUGCUGACUUGGAACAAAAGCAUGCUGCCUUGAUGUACCUCUGCCAUAAAUGUUUGGUUUAGCUGCAGCCUGUGUUGGACACUGCACUAAAGGAGGUCAGAAAUA